AUUUGUGGGAAACUCGAAUUUGGGAAAAUGUUUUUCGGUGAAAAACGAAGCGAAGACGAUACAGCAGGUGGUGUUAGAAGGAUGCGUGUCGGAGGAUGGGGUGACGAAAUAUGGUCAGAAAUUUAAAAAGGAUUUUGUUAGUGCGGAUGGCAAAUACUUUUCCCUUCGUGAUGGCAAUUGGUGCCUCGGGGCGAACGAGAAGACGGGGCUUGCAGUGUCCCAAUGUGAUGGAGAAUCAUCAUCGCAAAAAUGGGAAUAUGCUGAUUUCAAAGGGUUGGUAAAUCAGGAAUCUGGACUUUGCUUGGAUGCUGGCGGGGGAAGCAAACCUCAACUGUACACUUGUUACACUGAUGGAAGUAAUUCUAACCAGAUUUGGGAAAUGAGUAAAGCUGGAUUCAUACGGGGAGGGCCUGAUCGGACGUGUCUCGAUUUCGCCCCGGUUUCGGAUGCCCCGUUGAGCGCUGUGCAAUGCAGUCAAGCGAAGAACUUCAGAUGGGUUAUCUAUAAGCCUUUUGAACCUCUGGAAACGAGACUUUACCACGAAGCUGAGGAGAAGUAUCCGGCAGUGCUCGCCAGUGCUGAUGUUGACUGAGAUCUGCAUGAUUUCUUAUAAGCCUCUUUAUUGAAUGAUCGAGCCUAUUUUCUUUGGUCAU